UUCGCUUUCCUCUGCACCCUUUUGUUGAGAAAAUAUUCCGGGCUUGGAAUGUCUGCUUGGCCCAAGUUACCCCUACUACCAUCAGAACUGUUAUCUCAUAUGCCUGGUUGUGUUUGUUUAAACAAUGGCCGCUGACGUUGAAUUUAUUCAAGCGGCUGUUAUGGUUGAAGAAGGAUGGAGAGACGGGGUGGAUGUCGGCGUAUAGCGCAACGAAGAGAAAGACUGUGCAUCCUCCUUUGUCGAGCUGUAAAGAUUGGCAGGAUCGCUUUUACUUCGUUCAAGUUCCUGACGGCUUUUUACUCCGACGGACUUUUACUAAACCCCGGCCUCGAAUGGAGCAGUAUAACCAGCGUGGUUGGGCCGGCGGGAGAGAAAGGCUUUUGAUUAUUUGGCGUGUGACAUUUUAGAUGUCGGCCUCAGCAAAAAGCAGGCUGUUAAUCGGAAUUGGCUCCCUAAUGCCUAUUAUAUUUUGGGUAAUCAGCCCUUGUCCGCUGUCGGCCUUUGCAACACCCACUGCUUUGGUAAUCAUAUUUUUAGCUGAAUGGGAUGUACUUAUUAUUGCUAUUUAUAGCUUUGUGUAUUGCAUAAGUUUUUUGCCGGUUUUAAUUGAGUCGUUGUCUUUGCAGGUACUAAAACAUUGGAUAGAGAAAUUCUCGGAUUUGACGAGAAUUGGAGACCUGUAUGCACGCAGCCUCCGCCACCUAAGGGAAAGUACGACACCAUAUCAACGUACUCCACACGGGCCUCCUCCCGUCGCUCAACUGCUACUGUUGCAAAGAAUCGUGUUGCCGGCGGUUCUAAAACCAAAUCUUCGUCUGUCUCUAUUCCAAAAACUGUGCAACCGCCCACUAUGCAAUCUAAUCCAACCGGCCGUGGUGGGAAGACUCGAAAGAGGUUGUCACUUACUAGUGGGCGUUCUGACCCCACUAAGAAGUCUAAGGCCGCUGGCGGCGAUGAUGUUUCGGCUGCUGUUGACCAAUACGAAAUCCCUGCUGACGAUGUUUUCAAAAAGACGGCUGAUUCUGCUGUUGCGGUUCACCCGUCUCCGCAGCCGUCCAUUGAGAUUUUGGACGUGGAAGGUGGUGGCGGCGAGAAUGAGGCUCCGUUUCAGCACUGUGCCACGUCGGCCGCAGUGACAGGGGGUAAUUCUAGUAUGCCUCCUGUUAGUCGUAGUGAGAAUCGAUCUGGUGAUUCUCGACUGAAUUAUCAUCUGCCGCUUCGUACCGGCGGUUGGAUUAAGGAUACCCCCUUUAAGAUCCCGGAAGCAAUGAAAUCAUGGUUCGGGUCUUCUGGCGGCGAACCCACCGAUCAGUUCUACCCACACAUUGAUCUGUUGUGUGGGGAGUCGGUGGCGACCGAUUCUGCUAAGGACGGUGGGGAUUUGGGCUACCGUGCUUUUCGGGAUCUGAUAACUCCUGCUGACAGGCCACAGGGUCAGAUUGACGCCCCUGCUGCUCAGCAUUUCAACGAUUUGUACAAGGCUGUUCAAUCCAGCAUGGAUUUGUAUUAUGUCUAUCGUUGGAACCAGAUGCAGCUGACGCAGAAUAGCAUUGAUAUUGCCGAGCUGAAGAAGCGGGCUGAGGCGGCUGAAUCUGCUUUGAAGAUUAACGAGAAGAAGUUGGAGAGUGCUUCUUCGGAUUUGGAGGCGGCGAACCAAAGGCUGGAAGAGGUUGAGCCGAAGCUGAAGGCUGAAACUGAGAGGGCAGACGGUCUGACUCAGGAGCUGACUGAUCUUAACCAGAGUUUGCCUGUGGUGAAGAAGACUGCCGCCAAGAGGGCUGUUGAUAAGCUUCUCCAGUCUGACUGGUUUAAUGAUAUUCUUACUCUGCGCCAUAACGGUGGUUGGUGCGCUGCUCAUCGGGUCGUUUGCCAUGUGAAGAAGCUGGAUGAGGAUGGGUGGCAAGAAUUUGAGGAUGGGUAUGAGGAGAAAGAGCUGUACAAGGUUGCUACCGGCUUUGAGCCUCAGGAGCUACCCGAGGCUGUGAUUUGCAAUGCCAAUCAAAGAACCUUGCCCCCCUUGCAAGUUCCAGAAGAUGCCUACUGGUCUGAUGAUGAGCAUGCCGUUUGA